AUCACUCGCCAUUCACCAUUUCGCUAUUCGAUCCUCCGCCGCGCCGCCGCUGCUGCAGGCGUUGUCUUCUCCGAUUCCUAAUCUGACCAUCUUCGCAAACCGCGCUCCUCCGAGAUGGGUCGCGUGAUCCGUGCGCAGCGUAAGGGAGCGGGGUCGGUGUUCAAGUCCCACACCCACCACCGCAAGGGUCCUGCCCGGUUCCGGUCGCUCGACUUUGGCGAGCGCAAUGGCUACCUUAAGGGCGUCGUCACGGAAAUCAUUCACGACCCCGGCCGUGGUGCGCCGCUCGCACGCGUGACCUUCCGUCAUCCCUUCCGGUUCCAGCACCAGAAGGAGCUAUUCGUCGCCGCGGAGGGGAUGUACACCGGUCAGUUCGUGUACUGCGGGAAGAAGGCUAACCUUGUUGUCGGCAACGUGUUGCCUCUUAGAUCUAUUCCUGAGGGUGCCGUUGUCUGCAACGUUGAGCAUCACGUUGGUGACCGUGGUGUUUUUGCUAGGGCUUCUGGUGAUUACGCGAUUGUUAUCUCGCACAAUCCGGAUAACGGAACGACCAGGAUCAAGCUCCCGUCAGGAUCUAAAAAAAUAGUGCCGAGCGGAUGCCGUGCCAUGGUUGGCCAGGUCGCCGGUGGCGGGAGAACUGAGAAGCCACUUCUGAAAGCCGGAAAUGCAUACCACAAAUUCAGAGUGAAGAGGAACUCUUGGCCCAAGGUGAGAGGUGUUGCCAUGAACCCCGUGGAGCAUCCUCAUGGUGGUGGUAAUCACCAACACAUUGGUCACGCCAGUACCGUGCGCCGUGAUGCGCCGCCCGGGCAAAAGGUCGGUCUCAUUGCUGCUAGAAGAACCGGUCGGCUGCGUGGUCAAGCUGCUGCUACUGCUGCUAAAGCUGAUAAGGCUUAAGGUGAGUCAUAAUCAUUAUCCUUAUAUUGAUCGAUGCUGGUUUUUGUGUCUUUUGGUUAUUUGCUGUUUUAUGAACUACUCUUCAGUUGCUGUCUUGAGGAUUGGACUAGACAUUUUGCUUGUGGUUUUGUCGAUCUAAAGAACUCCCAUUUUUAUAUUA